AUGGAUGAUCUCAGCUUCGUCGUCGAGUGGCUUCCAACGCUGCCGGCCCUCGAGACGCUCUGCUUGGGUCAUGGAAUGCUGGAUCACUUGCCCGCUCCCAUCCCACACGAUUGCCUCCGCCAUGUAUCCUUCGACACGUUUUUGAUGUCGGCGGAGGAGGUCACUUUGCUUCUGGACUGGACGUGUGGCCUUGUGCGCCUGGAGCAUAUCUCGUUCCGCAACAUCUAUUUGGGUGAAGGCCCGCGCGCGUCGAUGCAGCGUGCACUGCGCCAUUGGUUCAGUCGUGCCAACAUCACGUACGUGCGAUUGGCAUGCUGCGACCUCGACGAGGAUGCGGUGGCUGACGUUGCCAGCGCGCUCGGCUCGAGUACCUGGCCGUUGGCGCUGGACCUCGUGCAAAACGAUCAACUGGAUCUACAAGGAGCGUGCCGUCUCUUGGACGCUCUGGCGCCGCUGGCUACUUGCACGCUACGAGUGACCCUCGUCGCGAAGGAUCGCAAUGAGAUCUUGUCGUAUGCGCACCAGCUUCCCAUGAUAAUCGACGACAGCGGCGAUGACGAGUACACGUUCUUUAGCGGUGGUCGUGUUUAG